UCUGGGUCUCGGGUCCGACUCUGGUGUCUGUCGUGUUGCGCACUUGUCCAACUUUGUUCUCCCCGGUGUGUGAAGACGCAGCGAGCUUUACCGGAGACAGUAACCGGUGCAGACUCUCAGCUCGUGGUGGAGUUUUAAAGAAAGUGAGUCUUUAAAACAAACAUCUGAAACUUUUUUUUUUCUCCUUCAGUUUUUUUUUGGGGGGUAAAAAAAUGGCAGACAGCGACCAGUCCGUCUCUUCCAGCAGCUCUCCGUUCUUCACGGAUGAAGUGCACCACUACCAGGCCGAACCGGAACCGGAGGAGCACCGGCCCGACAAAGACCUGUUCAGCAUGGAUGAUAUAGUGGAUUUAGUCGGCGGAGCUCAGGACGCUUUGGAGAGGCACAUAGCGGAGGACGAGACCACUGAAGUCCCAUUUACUCACCCAGAAGAGUCGGUGAAGUUCAUGGAGCCAGAGCCGGUGACGGUGUUGGAGCCGGAGCCAGAACCAGAACCAGAACCGGAGCCGGUGCCGGUGUCAGAGGUGGAGACACUAUUCCCUGACUCCUCCAGCUCCUCUUUUGUGCAUGACACGCCUUUAAUCGAGCCUGAAGUCAUUGCACCUAAAGCGGAACCAGAGAGCACCACCACCACCAGCACCAGCACCAGCACCAGCAGCACCAUCCUCCCCCCUCCACUAGAACCGGAGCCGGAGCCAGAGAGCCGAGCCCUCCCCGUACUGGAGCCCCGGAAAGCAGCGCCAUCCCCGGCAGAGGCUGCACAGCAACCUGCGGUGACGGAGGAAGCACCGGCUCCUGCAUCAUAUGUACCUUCUCCUUCUAAAGCUCAGCCUCAUCCUCUGAUGCAAUUCCCUACAGCAUUUGGGCAGAAGGGUGAUUCCCCUGCUCCCAUCUCUCCUCUCUCCCCUCUUCACUCCCCCGACUCUCUGGAGGAGCUCUCUCUGACCGAGAGUCCCAAUCAGCCCCCUUCUUCAGGAUCUGCUGGAUUCCUCGGCUCCUUCUCUACUGAACCCCCCACUAUUCACUCCAAGGACAUGCCUUGGGAGGAUGAAGAGGGUGACUCUGGACCGGGUCGUAGUAAGAAUAAGGAAGACCUCCCUGAUCCGUUAGGUGGUCCUUACCUGAGUUUAGGGAAAGACCCAGGGCCUCAUAAUCCGUGUGAAGACAGCGGAGUUUCCUUUUCACCUGAGGAGAAGCUGAUUAGCUCAGACAGGUCCUCCACUGGCCCCUCCCCUGUGACCCCCCAGAUGAUGGUCCCUGAGUCUCACCUUGCCUCCUCUAACCCAACAGAGCACUGGGAUUCAACAUACCUAUCAUCUCAAGACAACUCCAAGGUCUCCAUGGAUUCAUUCUCCAAGGAUACAGCCCCCAUUAGUCCCACCAGGUACGAGCCAGACCUGCACGGCAACCAGUCCGAUGAAGACGAUGACUUGAUGUACGAGGUGAAGAAGAAUAAUAACCCAUUUGAGGGUUAUUCCCCACUGGCAGACAGCGGCUACUCCCAUUUUGGAGACUCCAAGGCUGACAGCAGGGCGACUAAAAUGUCAGAGAGUCCCACUCCAGAUCUGGUCCAGUACGGGCAAUCUGGAGAAACCCAGGACAGCCCUCCAUCUUUCUUAGACGACGAGAAAACAUUUGAGACAGGCAAGAUGGCCGCUGACUCGCUCAUGCAGUCAGUGAGUCAGUUCUCAUCUGGUCUGAAAGAUGAUGAUGAUGAUGAAGAGGAAGAGGAAGAUUCUGCUCUGCCUCCAUCACUUCCAGACAUCCUGAAGUCUUCCCCGCUGAACCCGGAGAAAAUCGACUCCGGCUCCUCUGAGGGAAGCCCGGAAGAGCAGAGCCCCAUUCUUGAGCGGAGGAUGAUGGAGUCGCCCAACCCUCCAAUUAAUCUGUCGGUUAACAACCCGUUUGCUUUUGAUGCUAAAGUGUCCCUGCUGAAGGAGAUGGCAGAGCAGAUGGAGGUGAAGGCCACCGACAAAGUAAAGGAUGAAGACGACAAAAGCUUUGGUGCAUUCGAUCUUGUCAAAGAGGCUGAAGAAACCACUCCAACUAAGGUCAAAGAGGAGGAACCUGUCAAGAUUGAGCAGAAAGAUUGGUUUUCAAGCCAGGAUUCUCUGAAAAUGACCGAAAAGUUUGAGCCACUCGACUUCCAGAGCAAAAAGAGCCCCGCCGAGGAUUCAGAUUCUGAGUCGCCAACAGCAGACUCUCUGUCUCCAGUCCUGGAAGCUAUGGCCAAGAACCCGGCCAUCUUCCAGGUAGAAACCGAGAAGACCGACCUGAAGAUGGAUGAGGACGAGCCAGAGGUGGCCGAAGAGGUUUCUGAACAUGAAGUCUCAUCUGAGGAGUUCGAGUUCAUUGAGAGACCUCCCAGGGGUGUUAUUGAUGAGUUUCUUGAGGCUCUUGAUACCUCCAAGUUUGCCUCCUCCAAGAUCCCAGAGCUCGCCAUGGAUGAUGAUCUAAGCUUUGAGCAGAAAGACGUGGCUCCAUUUUCUCCUGCAGAAGUCUCACCCUCACCCCCUGAAGUCGAAGAAGCUGCAAGUCAGAGCUCCUACCGCCUCCUCACCCAGGCCUCCCCCCAGAAGAGCAAGGCAGAGCUGGAGAAGCUCGACAUUCAGCAGCCCCCACCCCAAGUAUCCCCACUCAUCCAUUCCCCUGUCCGCCAACCAGAGGAGGCGGUCGCUAAGAAGAGUGUGGAGGGCGGCAAAGUGUUUAAGAUGCCAAACGUGAACAUAAGAGCAGUGGUGGAUCUCCUCUACUGGCGGGAUGUGAAGAGCACAGGCGUGGUGUUCGGCGCCAUCCUGCUGCUGUUGCUCUCUCUGACGGUGUGCAGCAUCGUCAGCGUCUGCUCCUACAUCGGCCUGGCUCUGCUGUCCGUCACCAUCUGCUUCAGGAUAUACAAAGGCAUCCUGCAGGCCAUCCAGAAGUCAGAUGAGGGACAUCCAUUCAAGCAGUACCUGGACAAGGAGGUGGCGCUGUCUGAGGACAUGGUCCACAAGUACAGCGACAUUGUUCUGGCCAGACUCAACAAGACCAUGGGUGAGCUGAGGCGCCUGUUCCUGGUCGAGGACCUGGUCGACUCCAUCAAGUUUGCUGUGCUGAUGUGGAUCCUGACCUACGUUGGUGCCUUGUUCAACGGGCUCACCAUCGUUAUUCUGAGCGUGGUUGGAGUGUUCAGCUGCCCGAUCGUCUAUGAGAAACACCAGACUCAGAUCGACCACUACGUGGGUCUGGUCAACAACCAGGUCAAAGACGUUGUUGGAAAGAUCCAGGCGAAGGUGCCGGGGAUGAAACGCAAGGCGGAGUGAAGUGACGACGUGUCAGAGUUUGGAUUCAGGAAGUCCUGAGAGGAAGAUGGUUGGAUAGGAGGAAAGGGUGUGCAUGGGUGGGGGAGGGGCAGGGGAGGGUUGGAUGAGGAGGAGGAGAGGAGGGGUCUGGCGUGGACGCAGCCCUUCUAACUUUAUUUGUCAAAAUAAUAAAAACACUUUUUUUCCAGUUCAGAAUUCCUUUUUUUUUCUUUUUUCUUUUUUUGAUGUGUUUUCUGGAAAAGUUGGAAGCCGGUCGGAGUUCAGCACCGAGCUUCACGAAACAGAGCUGAUGAUUUACGUCUCCCCAACUUUUUUUUUUUUAAUACAGAUUUGAAAUGUUAGUUUCUGUUAAACUCACAGAAACACAUUUCCAAUGAGCGUUCCCUCUCCACGCCCGCCUUCAGGGUGUUUUUGUCAUUUCGAGUUUAUUUUCCCGCCGUCGAGCCGAGCGCAGACAUUUUUUGUGUUUCUUCGUCUUGUCGCUGCUGUUUCUGAGAAAGACGAGCGAGCCGCAAACAGCACCUCAUUUGUAUCUUUCUUUCUUUUCCUUUUUUUCGGUAUGAUUACUGAGUUUAGAAGUAUUUUGUGAUUUUACUGUUUUACUGAAAUACCGUCGUGUCCCUCAAGCUUCGAGCUCGUUUCCUCGGUAACCUGCUGCAUGGUUUCGCCUCGAUGCAACGAAUGACGGAUUUGAGAAUGACGUCUAUGACUCCUGAUGAGGCGGCGGUGGCGGGAGGGAAGGGAGGGAAGGGAAAGGGGGGGUGGGGGUUGUUCUACCAUUUAAAAACUUCAUCGCUUCUGAGUAACUCUAGCUAGAAACAUCUAGAAAACCUUUGCCAGACAAAUAAAACAUUAAUUACAUAAAAGUCGUUAUUUCCAUGUCAUUGCAGCUGUCUAGUGAUGAAAAACUCUGGAAGGAAAACACGUUUACAUUCAUCCACAUCAGAUAAAACAUUAAAAAAAAAAAGAAAAAAAAGAAAUGGGAUUUAAAGAAAAAAAUAACCAUACUGUCUGUGGAGCUGAUAUCUUAAUAAAGUUGCAACUUGAUGUGACUUUUGGGAAACCUUCAAGCAUUUGUUUGUUAUGCAAGUAUAAUUGUGAAUGAUAAAACUUCAUACUUCAAUUGUGACGAUAAAAAGCUUCCAGUUGGGAGCCGUGUUUGUGGAAUGCAUUGUGAGAUGUAAACAAUUAUCAAUAAAGCUUCUAGACGAAGAAA